AUGGACACAAAGAGUCAUCCGCAGUCUGAAAAUUUCCGAAUUUUGAUGCUACAUGGAUAUUCCCAAUCUGCCCGGCGCUUCCAGGCCAAAACAAGGCCUUUGGUGGAAAAGAUAAUGACGACUACCCCGCAGGAAUUGUUGAAGUUGUACAGCGGAAUUGAAUGCCUCUUCCUUGACGCCCCGCGAUGCGCCCAGUGCCCCAUUGGACUGGCAUUUGACACCCUCGACAGCACGAACAACCGCAUUUGGUGGUAUGGUGCCGACGACACGUAUGAAUAUAAGUACCUGAAUGAGGCGCUGGUGGAGAUUGCCCGGUUCCUGAGCGCCAAUCCAGUGCAUGUGAUCAUCGGGUUUUCCCAAGGUGCUGCUCUUGCUGCCAUGGUUGUGUCGCUCCUGGAAUGUCGCAGCAACCUAACGAAGGCAGACGCAAUUCGGGCCCAGAAUCUUCCAGUAGACGUUUUUCUGCGUCUUCCCACGCAGUAUCAGCUCAAGACUGUCGUGUGCUUUUCAGGAUACAGAGGAACAAUUCAAUUCUACAACAGUCUGUAUCGAUGGCAGCUGGACACUCCAGCUUGCCAUGUCAUAGGCCUUUUAGAUACUAUUGUCGACGCUGAAAAGACGAUCCGGCUAGCACGGUGCUUCCGAACGCACAAGGUUAUAUGCCACUAUGGAUGUCAUUAUGUUCCCAGGGAUACACAUAUCCUCGAUUCAAUUGUGCAGUUCAUAUGGAAGUCGUGUGGCUGGCAGGGUGCCACAAAAUCUGGCCAGUUCUCUGGUCAAGCUUCCAUCGUGCAUAUCAUGUCUUGUGUGUCUCGUUAG